UCCGACUGCCCCUCUGCUAAGAGAUGUUUAUGAGCGUGCUGUUGACGUAAUGUUGGACUCUGUAAUUACAGCAGCUAAGAGUCUACUGCCCCUCCCGUGACGUCCCUGCUGAGGGCCUCCGAAUCUUCGCGGUAUUUGUCUCAUCAACACGAAAACUAGGAUGCUUCUUGAAAUUCUAAACCCUUUUUAUACUUAAAAGAAUAUCGCAAAUGUUAGAUACCUUUGACUUUAAAACCAUUUUACAUCUUUAAUUUUAUAAAUUAUGUUCUAAGCUCGAGGCGUUAUGCAACCAGCUGCAAAGAAGCAACUUCUUUUUUUUUCAGUUUUCUUUAAUUUACUGUAAAGGUUUUACGGUUUCUUAAGUAACAAAUCGGAACUUGUUCGAAGAUUAAACGUACUGAAUUUAAAAUUAACAGAUCUUGUUAAAGUAAUGAAUAUUUACAAUCGAUUAUCAUAUUUUUAUAUAUCAAACGAGUUCUUUAAUGGCGGAUACGCAUAUUUAAAUGGAAGAAGAGAUUUAAAGAUUCGAUUUUUCAUAAUGUUUUUGAUAAUUUAAUUUAAAGGAUAUCUUUUACGACGAAGCGAAUCGAAACUGGUUAUUAUAAAAGAUUAGGCAGGUAGGCUGUUCUACAGAAAUUUUUCACUUGAUAAAUGAGCUCAUUGUUGGUCGAAUCUUUCAAAAAAAUGCUUCCAAUAUUAAUAAAAGAAUGGGAGAGACAAUUCGCGAAAAAUGACAAGUUGCGAAAAUAAAUUAUUUUCGCGGUCCUUUCUUGAGAAUAUAAAUAGUAAACAGGAUUAAAAUGGAAAGGUAAACAGAGGAACAUCUGUUGCCUCGAGCCGUAUCCAUGGUAAAGAAUCUAUUCCCAUACCAAAAACCAACGAUGCCAUUGUCCACAGGAUGUAAUGACAAUGACACGUUUAUUCGGCGGAAGUUCCGCUCGGCCCCUCCGUGUCCCACCCUCUCCACCUGUGGUCCACCUUCUGGAUAGACUGCUCCAGCCAGACCAGGUAAUAAGCAGGUAGAUGUAGGACCAGCGAAGAAAUAGUCGAACUCUCUUCUUUACAAUAGUUCCUGCGUGAAGUGUGCGAUUCAUUAGAUGCUGACAAUCUGUUCAAUUAGUUUUGUAAUGUUUUGGUCUGUGUUUUCGACCGAUGUAAUUGGUGGAUUUUUCGUUCCGUCUUCCUUAAUAUUGCCGAAAUGUUCUUCACACGUCGUUUCAUCCGGAUACUAAAAGGAUAUAUUUCUCGACAUCUGCCAGAUCAGUGAACUUGCUAGUGGCUCUCGCCCCACGCCACAACAGGAGAUGAAGAUAAAGUUGACAAGAAAUGUUUUGUCGGACACGUGUUUGGGUGUGUAAGACGUCAGUUGGUAUAUAUACAGUAGCAGUGACAUAAGUGCGACUAAGUCAUAAACGGGGGGAUUCUUCUCAAAAGGGUAAUUUCGUUACUGACAGAGGAGGAAAGAAGAAAAUUCGGUACGCAAUAUGAAUUAUUUUUAGAAUGUGAAGUUAUAAAAGUUUAAUGUCAAAAAUGCCAUCCAGACCAAAUGGUAUCACUACUGCGACAAAUGCAAAAUCUGUACUAGUGUUUCGCCAAUGGUGGAAGGUAUGUUGGAUAUACGGAGAUCAGUACAAAGUGUACAGGCAGGCUUACAGCAGAAAGAACGUACAGAUGAAUCGUGUUGAGAAAAUCUGUAGGAAUUGUAAGUGUCCACGCGAAGAGCACGGCGACAUGUCCCUCACGACCACAGCAUCGGAAACGGAUAGGAGCCAUCCAAAGAUGAUUUUGCAAGCAGCAGACGGACAACAGAGGCAAUCACAAUCGGAUGACGAUAGUGGAUGCGCUCUAGAAGAAUACACUUGGGUACCGAGCGGUUUAAAACCGGAACAAGUUCAUCUUUAUUUCUCGGCACUUCCCGAAGAUAAAGUACCUUAUGUCAAUAGCGUAGGUGAAAAGUAUCGUAUUAAACAGCUUCUGCAUCAGUUACCUCCACACGAUAACGAAGUUCGAUAUUGUAAUAGUUUAAGCGAAGAAGAGAAGAAAGAACUUCGUUUGUUUUCCGCUCAAAGGAAAAGGGAAGCUCUAGGAAGAGGAACCGUCAGGCAGCUUAACGCUUCUUCUCUAGCCGCUACUACUUGCGAAAACUGUAGGGAGAGUUGCGCACCCGGUGACAUUGGAGUGUUCGCCUCUAGAUCGGGACCGAAUACUUUUUGGCACCCGGCAUGCUUCGUUUGUUGCGUGUGUGGAGAGUUACUCGUCGAUCUCAUAUAUUUCUACAAAAAUGGAAAAUUGUAUUGCGGCCGACACCACGCCGAAAGUCUAAAACCCAGAUGUGCAGCGUGCGACGAGAUCAUUUUUGCCGACGAAUGCACCGAAGCGGAAGGAAGAGCGUGGCACAUGAAGCACUUCUGUUGUUUCGAGUGCGAUCGACAGUUAGGGGGACAGAGAUACAUUAUGAAAGAAGGUCGUCCCUACUGUCUGCAUUGCUUCGAUGCCAUGUUCGCCGAAUAUUGUGACACGUGCGGAGAACCGAUCGGUGUCGAUCAGGGACAGAUGACCCACGAAGGACAACACUGGCACGCGACCGAAUCCUGUUUUCGAUGUCAUUCGUGUCACGUGUCUCUAUUAGGAUGUCCCUUCCUGCCUCGACGAGGUCUCAUCUAUUGUUCUCUACAGUGUAGUAAAGGUACGGCCAUCUAGUGGUAGAAAAUGUUUCCUUUUCCCGUUU